CAUUCGGCCUUUUUUCCUUAUAACCACUUCCGCUCAUCUGCUUUCAGGACUUCUACCUGUCCAGAGUUUUCAGAUGUGUCUUCAGACAUUAACAAUGGACAUUAUACCAAUUCAAGUUUUCCAGGUGUCUCCGAGAAUAGAGUUGAUAAAAUGCCUUCCGAUGUGAAUCUCCCUUGUUCGAAUGCAAUGCUUUCAGCGCCUGUUUCGCCUAUUUCUAUUUUUCGGUCAUCUCCCAUGCCUUUUCGGGACCCAAAUUUUGAUUCUUCUCCAUUCCUCUUAUCUCCACCGGUGACUUCCUGCUCUUCAUCCGUCCCAGUCGAAAGUAUUGCCGUUUCCUGCCGUAGGCCAGUACUCACUUCAGAUGAGCAAGGACUAUCUACUCUAACUGCUUCACCUUGGCAGCCUGGACAAAUUUUGGAGCUUACAGUGGCCAGAGAAGCUGAUAUGAGUGAGCAGAUAUUUUAG